UGCUCUCGAAAAAUUCCUAAAAUAAAAAAUAUGUGGUAUCUUGAAGCUUAUACCUUAAUUAUUUUAACUUUGCACUUCCAUAUAUUCGCCUCUACUAAUCACACUUUUAAUCAACAUGCGCGGCAUGAGGGUAAACAGAAACAGGUGGUGCACAUCGCACUUAAUUAUGCACGUUCCAAAGUUUACGACAAGGCUUUCAAAGAGUCCAUCAGAAAUAUAAACAGCGGCCAGUCAAUCACAACCCUCCGAAAAUUACCAACAAAAUUCACAUUGGCUCCCUUGGAUUGUAUUCUCCCUCGUGGACGCUUCUUUCCUGCACAUGUUCUUGAUUGUCUUUGUGGAGUGGUUACGGCUCAAAAAGUUGCUCUAAUUGUUUUCGUAUCCGCCUCAGAAGAGUUUGGGGAAUCCACCGCUGCAGCCCAGUACUUUCUACAAAUGGCAGUUCAAACUGGAAUACCCAUAAUUGCUUGGAAUGCUGAUAAUGCUGGAUUUACAUUUCCAAAACCAAUGUCACACUAUUCUAUCCUACAACUUGCAUCGCCAAUACAACAUCAAGUGCGAGCUAUCCUUGCACUACUCCGACGCUACCAAUGGGCAAGAUUCGGAGUAGUAAUGUCUAAAAUGGCGGGUAGCCAGAAUUUCUUAAAAAUGCUUCAGAACGAGAUACAGGCUCAAGAAGACCGUUCAUUCAAGUUGUACAUCACGAAGAAAUUGAUUCAGAAUUAGGUGAUCAACAUAUUAAACAGAGACUAACAGCUUUAAAAAAUUCUGAAGCUCGAAUUAUCGUUCUAUAUAGU